AUGCUUGUGCUUGCCAAGCUGGACGAGUCCAGUUCUGAGUGCUCGAGAACAGAUCCUACAGAACCUGUACACCUUGGACCCAUCCCAGAAGAGCAGUAUGUAGGCGAAGGAACCGAGGAACCAGUGCCUCAAGCGCCACACGCCCGCUACAGGGACGCAGAAACAAUCACAGAUGUUUGUAACAGCACAGAGCUCCCUGAGGUGGAGAUUAUCAGUCUGUUGGAGGAGCAGUUGCCGGUCUACAGGCUGAGGGCAGACUGUGUGUACGGCUAUGAGCACGACGACUGGAUCCACACACCUCUCAUCUCGCCCGACACACGCAUAGACCUCACCUCAGAGCAGAUUGAGGAGACGCUCAACUACUUUUUACUAUGUGCUGAGCGAGUGGGCCAGAUGACUAAGACCUACAAUGACAUUGACGCUGUCACAAGACUUCUGGAGGAGAAAGAGCGGGAUCUGGAGCUCACUGCCCGCAUCGGUCAGUCCCUCCUGAAGAAGAACCGUGUUCUGUCAGAGCAGAACGAAUACCUGGAGGAACAAGUGGGCACCAUCAGGGAGGAGGUGGCUCAACUGCACCACGAGUUGAAUCUAAAAGACGAGCUCCUGCAGUUCUACACUAAUGCAGCGGAGGAGAGCGAAGAGGGGUCUGGAUCGCCCACGAGUCAACAGGGAAGGGCAGGAGUUUCUGCCCGUAGUGGUUCCUCUCUGGACAUUCUGCAGCAAAAACUACGAGACCUGGAGGAGGACAAUCUCUCUCUCAGAUCAGAGGCGAGUCAGCUGAAGUCUGAGACAGAGUCAUAUGAGGAGAAGGAACAGCAGCUGGUGAAUGACUGCGUCAGAGAGUUAAGGCAGUCCAGCAUCCAGAUCUCCAGUAUAGCAGAAGAACUGGCCAAAAAAACUGAAGAUGCCUCUCGCCAGCAGGAGGAAAUCACACACCUUCUCUCUCAGAUAGUGGACCUGCAGAAAAAAGCCAAAACGUGUGCUGUCGAGAAUGAAGAACUUUCUCAGCACCUUUCGGCAGCUAAAGAUGCUCAAAGACAGCUUACAGCCGAGCUGCAGGAGCUGGAGGAGAAAUACUCGGAGUGCAUUGAAAUGCUCCAUGAGGCUCAAGAGGAGCUCAAGAACCUACGGAACCGCAGUGUGUCCGCAGGAACUCCUCGACGCUAUCACCCUCUGGGACUUUUUCCCAUGGACUCCCUGGCUGCUGAAAUUGAGGGAACCAUGAGGAAGGAAUUGAGUCUGGAGAAUCCUGACAAUGAAGAACAGAAGGUUCGUCAUAAGCGUGUGUUUGAGACCGUGAAGAACAUCAACCAGUCUGUCAGACAGCGAUCUGCUAAUUCUGCUACCAACAUCCCUGGGUCCAAUCAGAUGCUCUCCUCCCUUAGCUCCGCCCUCUCUGACAGCAAUAGCAACAAUACAGCGCCUGAUAACCGUACACAGAGCAUGCUCCAGGAGACCGGCUCCUCAGAUGCUGCUGUGGAUGCCCCUGAGAAGCGAUCUGGCUCUGAGGAGCUCAAACUCGCUCUGAGGCGACUGUCCCUGCGACGGCAGAACUGUCUGAGCGAGCGUCUCUUCUUCGAGGGGGAGCGGGAGAGGCGUAAUCGAGAGCCAGCGGACAGUGGAGAUUACUCAAACAGGCUGGUGCACAGCGAGAGCAUUAUGUCCCUGGGCGCUUGGGCCAGCCGGCCCUAUCUUCCCGACAAGCUCCAGAUUGUCAAACCUCUGGAAGGCUCGGCUACGCUUCAGCACUGGCAGCAGUUGGCUCAGCCUAAUCUGGGCGGUAUCCUGGAUGCUCGACCUGGUGUGGUCCCAAAAGGUUUCCGUCCCUUGGAGCUGGACCUGGAGGAAGUAUAUCACUAUGCCGAUUAUGAGGAAGAUGAGCCUGGAGAGCAGUAUUUCCAGAGCCUUCCCACCACAACCACAUCCAAUUCCAGUGUCCCUCCUGCCCAUAGCCUCACCCCCUCAGCCUCCCCAUCACCAUGUCCCAGCACAGGUCACGCUUCCAUAGAGUUCUCAAUGUAUUUCCCGGGCAAAUGCAUGGCUCACACAAGUUCAACUUACACCUUCACCACCUGCAAAAUCCUCCAUCCGUCUGAUGAGCUCACAAGGGUGACACCCAGUUUAAACCCCGUCCUCACCUCGUCCUGCGUGAUGUCAAGCAGUCUGCGUUCGACACCUGCCGCCACGCCGUGUACUCCUCGGCAAAUGAGUCUGUCCCAGUCUCAGUCAUUCACCAACCUGCGGGACUCCACCAAAACCUUCAGCACAUCUUUGGGCCUGGUUCGCCUCCUGCAGGAGAGGGGCAUCUCUGCUGCCGUGUACCAGCCUCAGAGCUGGGACAGAGGAAGCGGAGGAGUCCUCUUCUCCACCUCAGUUCUUCCUCCUCCACUUCCCGACCCGAACAGACCCACCACUCCGCCAAAUUCCCCCACCCGUUGCACUCCCAGCCCAGGUUCAGCGGUUUCUGAUGCGGACACCUCCACGCCUUUCUCUUUCAAGAGCCCAUCCUAUGAAAACUUCUUGGCUUCCAAGCCAGCAAGGUCUAUUUUGAAAGAGGUGGCAGGGGUGUCUGGGGCUCAGGCUAAAGACUGUGAGAGCCAAACUGAUGUCAGUAUGUAUAGUCUCAACUUGGUUGAUAAGCUGAAAAGGUUGGGGUUGGCAAGCCCUGGGGCUUCUGGGGCAACGGGGGGAGGGAUUCCAAGGCCAAGCCCACUUAUAGGUCCUCUGGGUGGGCUUCGGAGGGCAGGGUCCCCCUUUAGUUCACUAAACGAAGGUAUGAGGAGGAAUCGAAGCUAUCCUGCUAUGGUUGGGGCCAGUAUGGCAAUGAAGGGGCCCGGCCCUCAAGGGGACGAAAUGCUGCUGGCUCCUAAACUACCCAAGCAAACAAGUCUUAAAUAAUGAGUUAUGCAUAAUAAUGAAUCUCACAAUCAGUGGAUUGUACCUCACUAACUUGCUAACAAAGAAUUCAAGUCAUAACUUGUAAUAUACACUAAAAAACACUCUCACCUAAAGUGAUAAUUCACCCCCC